CGCAGGCUGACAGUAAGCUACACAGACAACAUGGCGUAACGAAGGAAGCAAUCCUACGAAGAAAAAACGCGGAGGGAGACACAAAAGAAAAAGUUUAGUUGGAGUUGAAGACUGUAAUAAUUUAAAGUUUAGAAUGGACCCUCGUGUAAAGUUAGUUUCGUGUUUUUGAUUUGGACUUUUCACCCUGGAGUGCGUUUUAUAAACUACUCGGUGCAGAGAGGAGCGAAUGUUCAUACAGGUCAAGAGGUAGUCCAAGAUGGCUGCAGCGUCUUACGAUCAGCUGCUAAAGCAAGUGGAGGCACUGAAGAUGGAGAACUCCAACCUUCGACAAGAGCUUGAGGACAACUCAAAUCACUUGACCAAACUGGAGACAGAAGCCUCCAAUAUGAAGGAGGUGCUAAAACACCUACAAGGAAGCAUCGAAGAAGACUCUACUGACUCAUCUGAACAAAUCAAUCUCUUGGAAAGACUGAAAGAAAUGAGCCUGGAUCCCAACAGUUACCCAGGAGUGAAGCUGAGACCUAAGCCUCCCUCUAUGCAGGGUUCAGGCUCCGGGCGGUCUGGGGAUAGCAGCCCCAGCCCCAGUCCAAUGGGCUCCCUGGGCUCCUUCCCCCGGAGAGGGAUGUCCAACGGAGGCAGAGACACCGCUGGCUACCUGGAGGAGCUAGAGAAGGAGAGGUCCUUGCUUAUGGCUGAGCUGGAGAAGGAGGAGAAAGAGAAAGACUGGUAUUACGCACAGCUGCAGAAUCUCACCAAGAGGAUCGACAGCCUACCACUAACCGAGAAUCAAUUCUCCCUGCAGACGGACAUGACCCGUCGGCAACUGGAGUACGAGGCGAGGCAGAUCAGAGCUGCCAUGGAGGAGCAGCUGGGAACCUGCCAGGAUAUGGAGAAGAGGGCUCAGGUGAGGGUCGCUCGCAUUCAGCAGAUUGAGAAGGACAUGCUGAAGAUACGGCAGCACUUGCAGUCUCAACCUGCGGAGGCUGAGAGCAACCAUGACCAGGUUGGCCAGAGUGAGGGAGCCCAGGCUUCCGGGGAAAGCAGUGGGCCAAUCACCGGAUCUUCUCAGGGUUCAAGCAGUCGCCUGGAGCAGGACUCUGCCAGUGAAAUAAGUUUGGGUGGAGGUAACUACCCUGUACCCCGCAGACUGACCAGUCACCUCGGUACCAAGGUGGAGAUGGUGUACUCCCUGCUGUCCAUGCUGGGGACCCACGACAAGGACGACAUGUCCCGCACCCUGCUGGCCAUGUCCAGCUCCCAGGACAGCUGUAUCGCCAUGCGCCAGUCCGGCUGCCUGCCCUUACUCAUCCAGCUCCUCCAUGGCAACGACAAGGACUCUGUACUGCUGGGGAACUCGAGGGGAAGCAAGGAGGCAAGGGCAAGAGCCAGCGCUGCCCUCCAUAACAUCAUCCACUCUCAGCCUGACGAUAAGCGGGGUCGGAGGGAGAUAAGAGUGCUGCACCUCCUGGAGCAGAUCAGGGUCUACUGUGAAACCUGCUGGGAGUGGCAGGAGAGCCAUGAGAGAGGAGUGGACCAGGACAAAAACCCCAUGCCCUCUCCUGUGGAGCAUCAGAUCUGCCCGGCGGUGUGUGUCCUAAUGAAACUGUCCUUUGAUGAGGAGCAUAGACACGCUAUGAAUGAGCUUGGGGGUCUGCAGGCUAUAGGGGAGUUGCUCCAAGUGGACUGUGAAAUCUACGGCCUCACCAGCGACCACUACAGUGUCACUCUGAGGAGAUACGCUGGCAUGGCCCUCACCAACCUCACCUUCGGGGAUGUGGCCAAUAAAGCCACACUGUGUUCCAUGAAGGGAUGCAUGAGGGCCAUGGUGGCUCAGCUGAAGUCUGAGAGUGAGGAUCUACAGCAGGUCAUUGCCAGUGUGCUUAGGAAUCUUUCCUGGCGUGCGGACGUGAACAGUAAGAAGACUCUACGUGAGGUUGGCAGCGUCAGAGCUCUGAUGGAGUGUGCGUUGGAGGUACAGAAGGAGUCUACUCUGAAGAGUGUUCUCAGUGCCCUGUGGAACCUGUCAGCUCACUGCACUGAAAACAAAGCUGACAUCUGUGCUGUUGAGGGUGCUUUGGCCUUUCUGGUUAGCACUCUGACGUACCGAAGCCAAACAAACACCCUAGCCAUCAUCGAAAGUGGAGGAGGCAUCUUGCGCAAUGUGUCUAGUCUCAUUGCUACAAAUGAAGAUCAUAGGCAAAUCCUGAGAGAGAACAGCUGUCUUCAGACACUCCUGCAGCAUCUAAAGUCUCACAGCUUGACUAUUGUGAGCAAUGCGUGCGGAACUCUAUGGAACCUGUCUGCCCGCAACGCAAAGGACCAGGAGGCCUUGUGGGACAUGGGUGCUGUGAGCAUGCUGAAGAACCUCAUCCACUCCAAGCACAAGAUGAUUGCCAUGGGCAGCGCGGCAGCACUGAGGAACCUCAUGGCCAACAGGCCGGCCAAAUACAAGGACGCCAACAUCAUGUCGCCUGGAUCCAGCCUUCCCUCUCUACACGUUAGGAAACAGAAAGCCUUGAUCGAGGAACUAGACUCUCAGCACCUUUCGGAGACGUUCGACAACAUUGACAAUUUAAGCCCCAAAGCGUCUCACAGGGGUAAACCAAGCAGGCACAAGCCAAAUGUCUACAGCGAUUACGAUGGUGUUUCAAGAUCAGAUGGGUUCGGCCCAAACAGUGUGCCUGUGCGCUCCCCUUAUGUGAACACUCCAGUUCUGUCAAGCCCAUCAGCCAGAGAGAACCCAAGGGGGAACAUAGACAGUGUCAGGGCCGAACGGGACCGGAGCCAGGACAGAGACCGGCAGAGAGGUGCCCCUGGGGAUUUCCACUCAGAGAAUCAUGACUCUAAAAGAAUGCAGAUGCCCGCUACAACAGCAGCGCAGAUCGCCAUGGUGAUGGAGGAGGUGAACAGCAUUCACUUACUGACUGGCCUGGAUGCCCGGUCACCAGAGAGCCCUAAUCAAGACCCUCAUCGUUCCACUGCAGCACAUGGUCAUUCAAAUGUAUACCCUUACACUAAACCUGAUCACUCAGGCAGACCCUGUCCAAUGCCCAAGUUAGAAUACAGGGCGUCCAAUGACAGCCUUAACAGUGUCAACAGCAUUGAUGGCUAUGGCAAAAGAGGCCAGAUGAAGCCAUCCGUUGACUCGUACUCUGAGGAUGACGAUGGGAAGUGUUGCGUCUAUAGGAAAUAUCCGGCAGACCUUGCUCAUAAGAUCCACAAUGCAAACCACAUGGAAGAUGAUAACGGAGAAGUUGAUACACCCAUCAACUACAGCCUGAAGUAUUCAGAUGAGCAGUUGAACUCUGGUCGGCAAAGUCCAAGCCAAAAUGAAAGGUGGGCAAGGCCCAAGCACAUGGAGGAAAUGAAACGGACAGAUCAGAGGUCUGUGCGAUCUCAAAGCCCUGGUUAUCCUAUACAGGGAUUCAGAUCAAGCAACCCCAACCAACACCAACAAGAUCAGAGCAAUGCCGGUCCCACUCAAGGAAUUAACAAAAAGAUUAACAACCAGACUAUGUGCCAAGCUGUUGAUGAUUACACUGAUGAGGAGCCAACCAAUUACAGCAUUAAGUACAACGAGGAACAUCAUGCUGAACAACCGAUUGAUUACAGUCUGAAAUACUCUGAUUCGUCCUCUCAAAAAUCCAUGUUUAGUCAUUCGAAGUCAUCCUCUACUCAGAGCUCAGUGAAAGAUCAUCUGAGCCAAGAUGGUUCCACGUCCUCAGUAACAUCCAUAAAAAAUGCAGGGAGACAAAUGCAACUACAUCCCUCUUCGGCUCAAACUAGAUCAGCUCGACCAGGCCAGAAGAACGCAACAUGCAAACCUACCGUCAAUCAAGAGACACUGCAGACGUACUGUGUUGAGGACACACCCAUCUGUUUUUCAAGGGGUAGCUCUUUAUCAUCCUUGUCUUCAGAGGAGGAUGAAAUGGAGGGCUGCAAGAGGAAUGCAAACGCUGCUAGUAACUACCCAACUCUUCCCAUCUCUGAGAAAGAGUCCAAUGGUGGUCAUGCCCAAGAACAACGCACAACCGAGGGACAGUCAUCUGUGCAGUAUGUCCGAAUGAAGCCUCCAAGGCAUAGUCAAGGACAUGGAGAUGGAUCCAGGCAUCACAAAGCUGUCGAGUUUUCAUCUGGAGCGAAGUCCCCAUCCAAAAGUGGAGCCCAGACCCCGAAAAGUCCACCAGAACACUAUGUGCAGGAGACGCCCCUCAUGUUCAGUCGAUGCACAUCUGUAAGCUCCCUGGACAGCUUUGAGAGCCAUUCCAUCGCUAGCUCUAUACAGAGUGAAUUGUGCAGUGGGAUGCCCAGUGGAAUUAUCAGUCCCAGCGAUCUGCCUGACAGUCCUGGUCAGACCAUGCCUCCGAGCCGAAGCAAAACACCACCACCCCCACAACAUCAACAUCCACCCCCAAUGAAACACAAAAAGGUGCCUCCUCCACCUCCUCCGAGGGCGGACAUGGCUCCAAGACAUGCUGCUGUACAUGCUGCUGUUCAGAAAGUCCAGGUUCUUCCGGAUAAUGACACUCUCUUACACUUUGCAACAGAGAGUACUCCAGAUGGAUUCUCUUGUUCCUCCAGUCUCAGUGCUUUAAGCUUAGAUGAACCUUACAUUCAGAAAGAUAAUGAGCUAAAAAUAAUGCCUCCUGUUCAUGAAGACGACCACGGAAAUGAGGCCGAGCAUGAGAAUGAUGACAUUUCAGAACCCCCAAGCCAAGAGAAGCAUUCACCUGGUGAGGCAGAAAAAGACAUUUUGGAUGACUCUGAUGAUGAUGAUAUAGAAAUAUUGGAGGCUUGCAUAAACUCAGCCAUGCCAACUAAGUCAUCGAGAAAACCCAAAAAGCAAUCACCUUCCAACACAACUUCUAGAAUACCACCACCUACUGCCCGUAAACCAAGCCAACUUCCUGUAUACAAAUUACUCCCUACUCAAUCCAGAGGACAACAGAAAACUGUGAACUUCACGCAUGGAGAGGACAUGCCUAGGAUUUACUGUGUAGAGGGAACCCCUAUCAAUUUCUCAACAGCCACAUCGCUCAGCGACCUCACCAUCGAUUCACCCCCAAAUGAGCUGGCCAAUGCUGAAAGCUGUGCUUCUCCCCGUGUAGAAAUGUCCUCCAGUCAAAGGAGGGACACUAUUCCAGAAGGGAAAAGUACAGAGGAAAAUGAUGCAGGUGUUAAUUCUUCUGCUACACAAGCUGCUGCAGCAGAAACUGAAGGGGAUGAUAUUUUAGCAGAGUGUAUCAGUUCCGCCAUGCCAAAAGGUAAAAUCCAUAAGCCCUUUAGAGUACAGAAAAUGAAUGAGCCACAACACCAAUCAGCUUCUCCUGUUAGUUUAGUUCAGCAGGACGUUGAAAAGAAGAAGCCCACGUCCCCUGUUAAACCAAUGCCACAGAGUAGUGAGUACAGAGCUAGAAUGAUUAAGAAACCCCAACCUCCAUUGAAUUUUUCUUCCUACUCUGAUAAAAACAAAGAAACCAAAAUGCUAGAGACAAAAAUGGCCUCCAGAGAUUUCACAGAUAAACCACCAAAUGCAGAGCAGAGGCCACGGCCAGGUUUUGCUUUCGAUUCACCACAUCAUUACACACCAAUAGAGGGUACACCUUAUUGCUUCUCACGCAAUGACUCACUAAGCUCAUUGGACUUUGAGGAUGAUGAACCUGACCUCUCCAAGGAAAAGGCUGAGCUAAGAAGAGACAAGGACCCAAGAAAAGUUUCAACCAAACACAGCGGAGAGCCAUCUGCUAGGUCAAACAGGGCAAAUGUGCCACAGACUGCUCCAACUAAACCACUGCAGCAGAAGCAGGCAGUCUUCCCUCAACCAUCCAAAGAAAACAUGGGGCCAGUGCCAGAUGAAAAGCAGAAGUUUUCUAUUGAAGGCACACCCAUGUGUUUCUCUAGAAACUCAUCUCUCAGCUCAUUAAGUGACAUUGACCAAGAGAACAACAACAAAGACCUCCAGCCAAAGGAAGAAGAGGAUGUAACUCAGGUUGAAGUUCCUACCAGACCCCAAGCCUCUGGUUAUGCACCAAAAGCCUUUCAUGUUGAAGACACCCCUGUGUGUUUUUCAAGAAACAGUUCACUCAGCUCGCUAAGCAUUGAUUCAGAAGAUGACCUUCUACAAGAGUGCAUCAGUUCAGCAAUGCCAAAAAAGAAGAAACAGGCAGCCCGAAAUAAAGGCGGGAAUGACCAAGGAGAUGCCACUGAGGAGAAAAGUAUAAAUGGCAUUUUAACUGAAGAGCCAGAUCUCAUGUUGGAUCUCACCGAUACACAUAGUCCAGUUUCUGAACAAGCCUUAUCGCCGGACUCUGAGUCCUUUGAUUGGAAGGCAAUCCAAGAGGGGGCCAAUUCCAUCGUCAGCAGUUUGCACCAGGCAGCUGCAAGCCUCUCUAGACAAGGUUCAUCUGACUCUGACUCAAUUCUCUCCCUCAAAUCUGGGAUAUCACUUGGGUCCCCUUUUCACCUACCCUUAAAUUCAGAUGAUAAUAAAUCUUCUUCUGACAAAGGAGGUCGCCCCCGUAUAUUAAAACCAGGUGAAAAGAGCACUUUAGAAGCAAAAAAGAAAGAAAAGGAAGAGGAGGCAGCAAAAGCUCUAAAAGGGGGGAAAAAAGUCUACAAAAGUCUCAUAACAGGAAAACCUCGUACUAGUGCUGAGACCCCAGCCUCACUACAGCAGAGGCCAACAGCCCCUAGUGUACCGAUGAUCUCUCGUGGGAGGACGAUGAUCCAUGUCCCUGGUGUUAGAAGCAGUUCUCCAAGCACUAGCCCGGUCCAAAAGAAGCCUCCAGCCCGUGGUCCAGCGUCAGUCUCAAAAACUAACCCCACCCAAGGGCAGAAUUCCAGUAACUCACCCAGAAGCAUCAAACCACCUACUAAAUCAGACCCUAGUCCCGCCAGGGAUCAACCUGGAUCUCAAUCGGGAUCAAGCAAAGCUUCAUCACGUUCUGGAUCCAGAGAUUCCACACCGUCCAGACCAGCUCAACAGUCCUUGACAACCAGACCCAUGCAGUCACCCGGUCGAACCUCUGUGUCACCUGGAAGAAAUGGUCUGGGUUCCUCAAACAAAUUAUCCCAACUACCUCGCACUGCUUCUCCAAGCACGUUGUCAACUAAGUCUUCUGGUUCUAGCAGGAUGUCCUACACUUCACCUGGAAGACCAAUGGGUCAGCAAACGCCACCCAAGCAGACUGGCUUGACUAGAAGCACUAGCGGAAUCCCUAGGAGUGAGUCUGCCUCCAAAAGUCUGAAUCAGUGUGGAGUAGCUGGCAAUUCUAAGAAGCAAGAUUUGUCCACGGCGCCAUCCACAAAGUCUAGUGGAAGUGAGUCUGACAGAUCGGAGAAACCCGGCCUAGUUCGACAGUCAACGUUCAUCAAAGAGACACCUAGUCCAACACUGAAGAGGAAAUUGGAGGAGUCUGCCUCAUUCGAGUCUCUGUCCCCAUCGUCCACCAGCCAGUCUCAAACGCCUGUUUCAAGCCCCUCUUUGCCAGAUAUGUCCUUGACUCUACCAUAUCAAGGAAGUCAAGGAAGCAACUGGAAAAAGUCACCUCAGAGUCAAAACUCCUCUGAAAAUGGGGAUGGUAAACCUCAAAAGGGAGGGAAGCACGAUAUCUCCAGAUCCCAUUCAGAAAGCCCGUCCAGGCUUCCUAAUCUUAACAGGACAGGAACAUGGAAGCGCGAGACGAGCAAGCACUCUUCCUCCCUCCCAAGGGUUGGCACCUGGAAGAGAACUGGCAGCUCCUCUUCUAUCCUCUCUGCCUCCUCGGAGUCAAGUGAAAAGGGCAGAAGUGAGGAUGAACGACAGCCACUCAGUCCAGCCCAACGGUCUCCACAUAGCAAAGACGGCAACCCUUUAAAAGGAACAUGGAGGAAGAUGAAAGACAGUGAAAUGUCACAGUCUGAAGGCCACGAUUCUUCCUCCGUGGACUGUAAUAGCAUGGCCAUAGGGCAACAAAUGAGCCCACCAGUUUCCAAGACAGAAGAUGUCUGGGUGAGGAUUGAGGACUGUCCCAUUAACAGCCCAAGAUCGGGUAAAUCCCCAACUGCAAACACACCUCCGGUGAUUGACAGCGUUCUAGUCAAAAUCCCAUCAGUUGAUCUCUUGACAAGUGAGACUCAUCCCAAACAGUCCUCAAAUGAAAGUGUAAAUGCUCGUAGGCUAGGUUCAGAGACUAAUUUAAACUUGCUUAGGAGCAGUGAGAGUCUGGAUAAGAAGGUGCCCGACCUCAAGCCUGCUCAGAGCAACCCAAGCAUGGUCCCAGAGGUCCACGAACUGCCUGUCGCUGAACGUACACCUUUUAGUUCCUCAAACUCGAGCAAACACAGCUCACCCAGUGGCGCCGUGGCGGCUAGGGUUAGCCCUUUCAAUUACACCCCUAGCCCCAGGAAGAGCAGUGCUGACAGUGCCGCACCACCACGACCCUCACAGAUACCCACACCAGUUAGUGUCACCAACAGUGCAAAAAAGAGAGACUCUAAAGGUGAAAGUGCCGGAGAAAGCGGGUCCUACAUUGUGACCUCAGUUUAAGUUUUUUGAGGCUAGACUACAUGCACACAAGCAGGAACUAGGGGAAAUGUAUUUAACAAACCUAGUGACUUCUGUUGUAAAGAAUUAAAACAAACACAAUCAAAACAAUGACCAUGGAUUUAUCACAACUUCUGGUGUAUAAAACAAGAUGUAAAUAUUCAGUCACUAGAGUUAUUGUAGUGGAUGCCUAAUUGAUGGGCACAGUUUCUUUGCUGGUAGGAAUGUGGCUGGGACACUUGGUUAUCAGAUAGAGAGAGGGAGACCUCUGAAGGAUAAUGUAUGUGAAUUUGUACUGUACAGAUUUUAAUUAUGUAUUUAAUUUAAACCCAAGAUCCUGAAUAUUGUCUGACUUGACAAAGAUAAUCACUUGCAAGUUUAGCAUAUGUGGGAUGAUAAAAACACUUAAAGAUGGACUUUAAUACUACUCCCUUAGAUUUUUUUUAAUUAUAUGCCUGUAUUUAGGUCAGAAAGAGUAAUUCUCAUUUUUACUACUGCAAAUGUAUUAUAAACUUCCCUUCCUUGCAUGUAUACUGACCCAAAUGGUUUGUUUUCUGAAGUAAAUAUGAACAUUUCUGUGGUCACAUGUUGGUAGCUGUAGUGUAUAAUUUUACACUAUUCUAUGUGUGCUCUGAAAGUAAAGGAAUUAUAACCUUAACAGAACUUUUAGAAUGAGAAAUAUUUACAUUGGAAAAUAGAUUAUAUAAGAAUAGAUAGAUACAUUGCUCUGCUGUUUGUUGUUUAAUUGUUAUCAGGUAAGUUGGUUGCUUUGUAAUGAAGAGAUGGUCUGAGAAGGACUGAAUGAACACUUUGGAAAAAAUAAAUUAUUACUGUAGGUUUGUGGUGUUGGUAUAUUUUUUUUUAAAUCUCAUUCUACUUUCCCCUGUAAUCACUGUAAUGCUAAAGCACAUAAUCAGAGGUGAUGUACUAUUUUGUUUUGCCAAAAAAAUUACACUCUGAAUGACUGUUCAUGUUUUCUUUUCUCAUGCAAUAAAGUUGUUGGAUAUUCAAAGCUAAAAGUCAAUUUACAAAUUGUAAAUCAUAAUAAACGUUAACAUUUUUGGUGCAAAA